AUGGCAAGCACUCCUAGACGUUCAAAGAUUUCUUCAGGAGUCGGAGUUGUCCUAAUUUCUCCAGAGAAACAUGUGAUACCUCGAGCUUAUUCGUUGAUCGAGCCAUUCUCUAACAACGUGGCUGAAUAUAACGCGCUUCUCAUUGGACUCAGUUUCGCCAAAGAGCUGGGGGUGGAGUACCUUGAAGGCUUUGGUGAUUCCCAACUGAUAAUUAACCAAGUUCGAAGAGAAUACGAAGUCAAGAAUCAAGACAUGAUCCCAUACCAUAAAGCUGCUAUCGAGGUGGCGAAAUCAUUUGAAGACUUCUUCAUCGAGUAUAUCCCAUGCCUCCAGAAUGCUUACGCAUAUGCACUAGCGAUACUGGCAGUCUCUAUAGCACAGCCUCCUGAGAUAGAACAGGUGGUCACUGUGAGGACUCAUCAGCUUUUCAUACCAGAAUGUACCCUAGACACCGAUGAGGUGCACGCAACUAGGAUCAAACUCGAACCUCGAGAUUGGCAUUUCCUUAUUAUUGAUUAUGUCUUACACGGUAUUUUUCCGGAAGACAUGAAAGAAAGAGACUCGGUUCGACAAAGAGCGUUAAGGUUUUACUACAAUGCGGUAACCCAGACACUUUAUCGUCACACAUACUACAGCCUGUUACUCCGAUGCCUUUCCACCAAGGAGGCAGAAGAAGCCCUUAAAGAAGGACAUGGUGGAACUGAUGGUGCAUACCAUCCUCGUCCUAAAUUAUGUGACCGCCUUAGUAGAAUGGGCUAUUAUUAG